CGGGGCCCGUAUAAUAGCAGUAGCAUCAGAGCAUUUCUAGGGUUACCACUUACCACUAAUCUCGAAAAUCAAAGUAGAGGAUCCAUUGUUUGUUUCAGAGAGAAGAAGAAGAUAGGCAUAUGGAGUCUGAGAGGGAAAAGCAGGUUUACUCGGCAAAGCUCUCUGAGCAAACCGAACGAUACGAUGAAAUGGUUGAGGCAAUGAAGAAAGUUGCACAGAUGGAUGUGGAGCUCACCGUGGAGGAGAGAAACCUUGUAUCUGUUGGUUACAAGAAUGUCAUUGGCGCAAGGAGGGCUUCAUGGAGGAUACUAUCUUCCAUCGAGCAGAAGGAAGAGUCCAAGGGAAACGAGGAGAAUGUCAAGAGGAUUCAGAAAUACCGAAAGAGGGUAGAAGAGGAGCUUGCCAAAGUUUGUAAUGACAUCUUGUCAGUUAUUGACAAGCAUCUCAUUCCUUCCUCUACCGCUGUUGAGUCCACUGUCUUUUUCUACAAAAUGAAAGGGGAUUACUAUCGCUAUCUGGCAGAGUUCAGUUCUGGUGCUGAACGCAAGGAAGCUGCUGAUCAGUCUCUUGAAGCAUACAAGGCUGCUGUUGCUGCUGCAGAGACUGGUUUGGCACCAACACAUCCAGUUAGACUUGGCUUGGCAUUGAACUUUUCCGUUUUCUACUAUGAGAUCUUAAACUCUCCUGAAAGCGCAUGCCAAUUGGCUAAGCAAGCAUUCGACGAUGCAAUCGCUGAACUUGACAGCCUCAACGAGGAGUCAUACAAGGACAGCACUCUUAUCAUGCAGCUACUCAGAGACAAUCUCACCUUGUGGACUUCUGACCUCCCAGAGGAAGGAGAAGAGAAAUCCAAAGGUGAUGAGCCCAAAGAAGAGAACUGAAUCGUUUGUGUGAAGAGAAACGGACACUUAGAUGCAUCCUCCUGAAUCAUAAACCGUAAGACAGCAAGUGUCGUUGCUCGGAAAAUGUGUAAUUUUUUUUUUUAAUUUUAUUGUCGCUCUUAAUAUUAUGUUUUCAGAUAUUUCACGUUCUACAACAUACUAUUACUGCGUGACUUCAAAUGUUUGGUAGUUUGCUUCGUUGUUGUUGAAUUGAGAUGAUGCAUUUUGGGUGUUUGCACAUUUUGACUAAUUAAGAACCUUUAUUAUUCAAAAUAAAUUCAU